AUGCAUGCUGCAAUCAGUAGAGAAUUCAAAAGAAUUGGUAAGGCGUUAUGGCCAGAAGAAUGGACAAAUAUAGCUCGUAGUGCGAGGUGUAAAAGAUAUAGGCCUUAUAUUGUCCACAAUCUCAAACAAGACGAUAUUUUUGACUACAAAAAAUUCGUCGAGCAGAACAUGUCCAUCAGAAAAACAGACGAGAGUGGCGGACCAGUGAACUGGCAGAAAAUGUGUUGGAUGCGUUUCAACAAAGCUCUGCCGUUCAUUAUGGAGUUCAAAGAAGCUUUCGAUGGUGAAUUCAAACUCCUCAACUUCAACAAGAAGACACGUCGUAGUUCUCACCCCACAACUUCACUGCAACCUUUGUACAAGGACUCGAUUCCUAUCACAGAGCAAAAAUAUUCAAACUUGACAUCUCUAUUCGGAAUUAAACCUCCAGCACUAGGAGAUGCUUGUAAACCAUUUUAUUACAGUUUACCUCACAAUAAUAAAGUUCCAGAUGUUUUAUCCGAUAUUGAAGAAGAAACAACUGAAGACUAA